ACUUUAUUGUUGUCAAUAUUCGCUUGUCAUUUAAGUAAAACAUAACCAGUAUACAGUCAAUGUACUGCUAGUUUUCUAUCUGAUGUUUUUAUUCGAAUAAAGUCUACUACGUUUCAAAAGUUUGGAAAUUAUUCGUAUUUUUAACUAUUACAAGCCGUCAAAAUGAAUAUAACGUCAGCAGCGGGUGUGAUAUCGUUGCUGGACGAACCAGCAUCUGAAUUAAAAAUAUUCGCUCUCCGCAAGUUGGAUUCCAUUGUCGAUGAAUUCUGGCCCGAGAUAUCGGAGGCCAUUCAAAAAAUCGAAUUCCUUCACGAAGACAAGACAUUUGCACAACAGAGUUUGGCCGCUCUAGUCGCCAGCAAGGUAUAUUAUCAUCUCGGUUCAUUUGCCGACUCGUUACAAUACGCUUUAGGCGCUAGCGAUUUGUUUGACGUGAACGCGCGCAAUGAAUACGUGGAAACAAUCAUCGCCAAAUGUAUUGAUCACUAUACAAAACUUCGUGUGGAAGCUGCAGAGAAUUUGAGUUCACCACCAUCAAUGGAUGUACGCUUGGAAGCAAUUGUCAAUCGUAUGUUUCAAAGAUGUCUUGAUGACAAGCAAUAUAAACAGGCUUUAGGUUUGGCUUUGGAAACAAGACGUAUGGAUAUAUUUGCCAAAUCCAUUGAAUCAUCGGACAAUGUCAAUGAAAUGUUAUCUUAUGCUUUCCAAGUGGCUAUGAGCACUAUUGAAAAUAGAAGUUUCCGCAGUACAGUGUUACGUAGUCUCAUUAGUUUGUACAGAAAUCUAGAAGUUCCAGACUAUGUCAACAUGAGCCAAUGUUUUAUUUUCUUAGAUGACCCCAAAUCUGUAGCUCAAUUACUCGAAGGUCUUAUCCAAAAUAAUGAUGAAAAGAAUAGUUUAAUGGCAUAUCAAAUUGCAUUUGAUUUAUAUGAAUCAGCCACCCAGCAAUUUUUGUCUAGUGUUCUUGAAUCUUUAAGACAAACAGCACCUAUACCUUCUGCUACUCAUGUGAUAAAAGCUAUUCCUGCUGCGCAAAGUACUGCUAACAAAGAUAAUGUUACCACACCUAUAGCUGUUGCUUCAACCGAAAUGACUUCUGUUCAACCUGUUGUUGAAGAACGUUCUUUUGAAUCUCUUGGACCUGAUGAUAAAUAUCGUCAAGAAGUAAUCCAAAAAUUAACCAAAGUACUUAGUGGAGAAGUAAGCAUAGAGCUACAUUUGCAGUUUCUAAUAAGAAGUAAUCAUACAGACAUGUUGAUCUUAAAAAAUACAAAAGAAGCAAUUCGUGCGAGCGUUUGUCAUACAGCUACUGUUAUCGCCAAUGGUUUUAUGCAUAGUGGUACAACUAGUGAUCAAUUUUUAAGGGAUAACUUGGAAUGGUUAGCCAGGGCUACAAAUUGGGCUAAGUUAUCAGCUACUGCUUCUCUUGGUGUCAUUCAUAGAGGUCAUGAAACUGAUGCACUUGAAUUAAUGCGCAGUUAUUUACCUCCCAGAGAAAAUAAUUCUUCAGGAAGUUCAGGAUAUAGUGAAGGUGGUGGUCUUUAUGCUUUAGGUUUGAUUCAUGCUAACCAUGGUGCUGCUAUCAAUGACUACCUUUUAGGACAACUUAAGGAUGCACACAAUGAAAUUGUGAAACAUGGAGGAUGUUUAGGAAUUGGUCUUUCAGCUAUGGGAACAAGCCGUGAAGAUAUUUAUGAACAGUUAAAAUUCAACAUGUAUCAAGAUGAUGCUGUGACUGGUGAAGCUGCUGGAUUAGCUAUGGGAUUGGUUAUGUUGGGAUCUAAAAAUGGUGAAGCUCUCCAAGAUAUGGUAGCAUAUGCUCAAGUGACACAGCAUGAAAAAAUUUUAAGAGGUUUAGCUGUUGGAAUAUCAUUUGUUAUGUAUGGUCGACUAGAAGAAGCUGACCCAUUAAUUACAUCUUUGCUACAAGACAAAGAUCCAAUUUUGCGCCGUUCUGCAAUGUACACAAUAUCUAUGGCAUAUUGUGGAACUGGAAGCAACACUGCCAUUAGGAAGUUAUUACAUGUUGCAGUUUCUGACGUUAAUGAUGAUGUACGUCGUGCUGCAGUCACAGGAUUAGGAUUUUUACUAUUCAGAACCCCUGAACAAUGUCCUCAAGUUGUUAGUUUAUUGGCAGAAAGUUAUAAUCCCCAUGUUAGAUAUGGUGCAGCAAUGGCUCUUGGUAUUGCUUGUGCUGGUACAGGUCUCAAAGAAGCUAUUAAUUUAUUAGAACCAAUGACCAAUGAUCCAGUAAAUUAUGUUCGUCAAGGAGCAUUAAUCGCAUCUGCUAUGAUACUUAUUCAACAAACAGAAAGCACUUGUCCAAAAGUUAAAGAUUUCCGUACACUUUACGCUAAAGUGAUUACUGAUAAACAUGAAGAUGUCAUGGCUAAGUUUGGUGCUAUUCUAGCUCAAGGUAUCAUUGAUGGUGGUGGUCGUAAUGUUUCGAUUUCUUUGGAAUCAAGAACUGGACAUACUAAUAUGUUGGCUGUUGUUGGUCUAUUAUUGUUCACCCAAUAUUGGUACUGGUUCCCUCUAGCCCAUUGCUUAGCCUUAGCUUUCACACCUACUUGCAUCAUUGCAUUAAACGCACAGCUCAAAAUGCCCUUGUUAGAGUUGAAAAGUAAUGCUAAACCAUCAUUGUAUGCAUACCCUGUACCAAUGGAAGAAAAGAAACGAGAAGAAAGAGAGAAAGUCACUACUGCUGUGUUGAGUAUUGCAGCUAGAGCAAAACGCCGUGAGGGUAGUACUGUGAAAACUACUGAAGCAGCACCAUCUAUCAGUGAAAAAAUGGAAAUCGAUGAAAAAGAAGCAUCAACAAGUAAAAAAAAGGAUGAAAAGAAAGAAGAACAAAAACCAGAACCUAACUUUGAGAUAUUAAAUAACCCAGCUAGAGUAAUGAAACAACAAUUGAAGCACUUACAAUUGAUUGAAAAUACUCCAUAUUCACCCUUAAAAGAUGUUUCUAUUGGUGGUAUAAUCAUGACACGUUUCACCAAAAUCGGAAUUGAAGAUGAACAAUUAGUUGAACCUGUUGCAGCUUUUGGACCUAAACCAGAAGAUGAUAAGGAACCAGAAGCACCUGAACCUUUUGAGUACACAGAAGAUUAAUGUACUAAAUACUGAGUUAUAAGUGAUUGUUAAAUUCUAACAGAUCAUGUAUCUUUUUUUUUUUUAUUCUAGACUUUUAUAAUUGAUCCAUGCAAAAUUUUGAAUUAAUUAUAAUUAUUAUAUAUAUAUA